AUGUCCGAGACCAAGGCUUUAUGGGCGCCUGUCAAAUGGGCACAGCGCAAGGAUGCGUUAUAUGUGACUGUGGAUCUUCCAGAUGUCAAGGAUGAGAAAGUGACGCUUGGCAGCAAGAACCUUACGUUUAAGGGUACGAGUAAUGGUCAACUGUAUGAAGUGUCACUGGACUUUUAUAAGGAAGUAGAUGUUGAAGCCAAGGACAGUAUUUGGGCCAAAACGGACCGUAAUGUGCACUUUCAUAUUGUCAAGAAGGAGCAGAAUGAGGAAUUUUGGCCACGUCUUUUGACAGACAAGCACUUGGAGAAGACAAAUGUGAAGGUGGACUGGAGCAAGUUUGUGGAUGAAGAUGAAGAGGAAGAACAAAGUGGCUUUGAUAUGAGCGCGCUUAAUGGCGGUGGAGGUUUCGACAUUAACCAGAUGAUGGCGGCUCAGAAUGCUGCUGGUAUGAUGGGAGAAGGCAGUGACAGUGAUGAUGAAGAACUGCCUGAUCUGGACUCCAAUGACCAUGAUGACAGGAAACGCUACAUGGCAUAA